AUGGCUUCACUGAGAAGAGUCAAAGUGCUGUUGGUGUUGAACUUGAUCGCGGUGGCCGGCUUCGUGCUCUUCUUGGCCAAGUGCCGGCCCAUCUCGGUGCGCAGCGGAGACUCCUUCCAUGAGAUUCGGCCGCGGGCCGAGGCCGCUAACCUUAGCGCGCACAGCUCCAGCCCCAUCCAGGAUGCGGUCCUGAAGCGCCUCUCGCUGCUCGAGGACAUUGUCUACCGGCAACUAAACGGUUUAUCCAAAUCCCUUGGGCUCAUUGAAGGUUAUGGUGGGCGGGGCAAAGGAGGCCUUCCUGCCACCCUUUCCCCUGCUGAAGAAGAAAAAGCCAAGGGACCCCAUGAGAAGUAUGGCUACAAUUCCUACCUCAGUGAAAAAAUUUCACUGGAUCGUUCCAUUCCGGAUUAUCGUCCCACCAAGUGUAAGGAGCUGAAGUACUCCAAGGAGCUGCCCCAGAUAUCCAUCAUAUUUAUCUUCGUGAACGAGGCCCUGUCGGUGAUCCUGCGCUCAGUUCACAGCGCAGUCAACCACACGCCGACCCACCUGCUGAAGGAAAUCAUCCUAGUGGAUGACAACAGUGACGAAGAGGAGCUGAAGGCCCCCUUGGAGGAGUAUGUCCACAAACGCUACCCCGGGCUGGUGAAGGUGGUGAGAAACCAGAAAAGAGAGGGACUGAUCCGAGCUCGUAUUGAGGGCUGGAAGGUGGCCACUGGCCAGGUCACCGGCUUCUUUGAUGCCCACGUGGAGUUCACCGCUGGCUGGGCCGAACCGGUCCUCUCACGGAUCCAGGAGAACCGGAAGCGUGUGAUCCUUCCCUCCAUCGACAACAUCAAGCAGGACACCUUCGAGGUGCAACGAUAUGAGAACUCGGCCCACGGGUACAGCUGGGAGCUAUGGUGCAUGUACAUCAGCCCCCCGAAAGACUGGUGGGACGCCGGAGACCCUUCCCUCCCCAUCAGGACACCAGCCAUGAUCGGCUGCUCGUUUGUGGUCAACAGGAAGUUCUUUGGUGAAAUCGGUCUUCUGGACCCUGGGAUGGACGUGUAUGGAGGAGAAAAUAUCGAACUUGGAAUCAAGGUGUGGCUGUGUGGGGGCAGCAUGGAGGUCCUGCCUUGCUCACGGGUGGCCCACAUCGAGCGGAAGAAGAAGCCAUACAACAGCAACAUCGGCUUCUACACCAAGAGGAACGCUCUGCGGGUUGCCGAAGUCUGGAUGGACGACUACAAGUCUCACGUGUACAUCGCGUGGAAUCUGCCGCUAGAGAAUCCAGGAAUUGACAUUGGCGAUGUCUCGGAAAGAAGAGCCUUAAGGAAAAGUUUAAAGUGUAAGAAUUUCCAGUGGUAUCUGGACCACGUCUACCCAGAAAUGCGAAGAUACAAUAACACCGUUGCCUACGGGGAGCUUCGCAACAACAAGGCAAAAGACGUCUGCUUGGACCAGGGGCCAAUGGAGAACCACACGGCAAUACUAUACCCGUGCCACGGCUGGGGACCCCAGCUGGCUCGCUACACCAAGGAGGGCUUCCUGCACUUGGGCGCCCUGGGGACCACCACACUCCUCCCUGACACCCGCUGCCUGGUGGACAACGCCAAGAGUCGGCUGCCCCAGCUCCUGGACUGCGACAAGGUCAAGAGCAGCCUGUACAAGCGCUGGAACUUCAUCCAGAACGGCGCCAUCAUGAACAGAGGCACGGGGCGCUGCCUGGAGGUGGAGAACCGAGGCCUGGCGGGCAUUGACCUCACGCUCCGCAGCUGCACGGGGCAGAGGUGGACGAUUAAGAACUCCAUCAAGUAGUCUGGGGAGCCGGGCCCCCGGGACAGGGCCUGCCAUGCUCUGGACCAGCCACACCGGGAGGGAAACAGCGAGACACCGGGGGGUGCUCAGUGGGGCUUCUCCAGGGCAGCCCGGGGCCCCGGUGGAGACUCUGCGUCUUCAUCAGGCAUCCAGCUUCCCGAGGCUCAUGCACCCUGGGAAAGGCCCCUGACCCUUCUCUGGGAACCCAGAAGCCGAGUCUUCUGCAGCCCAGAUGUGGAUCUGGUACCAAGGAGCGACACAUCACAUCUCCUCUUGGGCAUCUUCCCACCCGCCGUCAGGACGGGACUGGCAGAGGCCCCUCCUUUUUCUCAUCUCCCUUCAACAAAGGGGAGGGGGCUGGGCCACAUCCUAGCUCCUCCUCCUCCAAGAAGGCAGCAAGGCCCUGGGACUCAGUUUCCCCCAGGUUGCCUCUGUCCAGAUGCCCAUUUACAGCCCAAGAUCACCACCCCAAACCUUUCCAGCCGGUGGCCUUGGACUUCGCUGGACUCUCACCCCUGAGAUGACCUGGGAGGAUGCGUCCCUGGUCACCUGGGCACUAAGGUGCCUAUGUGCCAGCUCUUCCGCCUGUGUCCUCAAGAGGGAGCCAGAGAGCACACGGCCGGCCUCGGUUGUGAGGGGCCCCGGCUGGAACGGGCUGUUCUGCCCUGCCUCCCCAGGGACGGAGCAUCCCCGAGACACGCCGUGAACUGCCGCCGCGGGGGCGGCAAACAGCCUCCACCUGGAACUUAAGGACUGCCAUCAGCACGGCACGGGGGGCCAAGACCCUGGAGGGUGCUCAUCUCGUGUCUCCCCGCACUCUGCUGGCUGACGGGAGAAGGCAGCCGAGUCCUCGCAGAAGAGUAAUCAUAUUUUUCCGAUUGCCCUCUGGUUAGGGUGCACUUAUAAAUCAGAGUUAAUAUAUGGACGCGUGUGCAUGCGUAUGAGGGUGUGUGCGUGGUGGGGCGCGUUAGAGCGUGCAUGUGUGUGCGUGUGUGUGUCCGGGUGUGUGCGUCUGAGUGCAUGGUAGAACAGACGUAGAGGUGUGGCCCUGGACUUGUCGCUUUAUUGCCCACCCAGAUCAGAUCAAGGAUGCGAAGAAGCUUGCCGGAGGUGGGGGAGGGGAUGGCCACGGUCAUUGGCCGGGAGGAUGUGGCUGGGCCUUUCCCGCUGUGCCGCCCCAGAUGGAAGGCUGCCCUUCCGCCGGUUCCCAUCUGUCUCCCUCAUGCUGUCCAGACAAGCCCGGCCCGGAACCAAACUCUGUCCCUGCCCAGUUUGGGGUUCACAGUGUCUCAUUUGGUGGCAUCUUACUGGUGAAAGUUCCCCCCCACUUGUGAAAUAAAUACAUGUGAGCA